GUUGAUACUGAGAAUGUGCUCUGCUGAAAGUGCAGCCGGCCCAGUCACUCAUCACAUGAGCGUGCAGGAGGACAGGUGUCAGUGAGCGGAGACCCAUUCAGACACAGUCAUUCACAGAUCUGAACGCCUGUGUGGAGAAACAGCUGUCUGUUUGUGUGGAGCUCUUCUAUCCGACAACCUCAGUCAUUCUCAGAACUGAUCGCCUGUGUGGAGAAACAGCAGUCUGUUCGUGUGGAGGUCUUCUGUCCGACAGCAUCACUCAUUCUCAGAACUGAUCGCCUGUGUGGAGAAACAGCAGUCUGUUCGUGCGGAGCUCUUCUGUCCGACAGCAUCAGUCAUUCUCUGAGGAUACCAUGGUUCUGAUCUGACACAGAGAGAUGGACUCCCGGGCCCUGCUCCACACUCUCUCUGUUCUGUUUCUGGUGCUGAAGUGUAUGCUAGGUCAGGAUGUCAAAGGGCCAGUGGAUUUGGAGAUCCACAUCUGGGAGGAGGAAGUGAAGGUCACCUGGAGGCCCCAGGAGGAUGCUCCGGAGAACGCCAAGUACCUGGUGCAGGUGGGAAGGUCUAAUGAACCGCGUGUUAAUGUGACGUCUUGCGAGGCGACUGCUCUUACGCAAUGUGACAUCUCUGACUUAGUCACCAACCAAUCAUCACGUUACUUGGUGUGGGUGGGUUUGCUCACUCUGCAAGGCAACUACGUCUGGUCUAAGAGGAAGGGAUUUACAAUGAAAGAGAGUAAACUGCUCCCUCCCAUCUUCAGUCUGGCUGCACACUCGGGAUCGGUCAGUGUUAAAGUCCAGCAGAAGCCCGGGCUCCUGCGCGUUUUUAAAUUUGGAGUCAAAUACACCAUUUCUCUGACAGGGCAGGACAAUCAGACCAUACAUGAGAAGGAGAUGACAUAUGAUAAGGAAAACCCUUGUGAGGACACCAUGUUUGAAGAGCUGCCGUGGGGUCAAAAAUAUUGUGUUCGUGUGAUGGUGAAUUCCCUGACGACUCCCACCAGUAACAUCUCUGAGCACUGCAUUUACUUAAAUCCAGACGAGUUCACCAUCACUCUUCUGGUCAUUGCUGUCCUUGGCUCCGUGGUGGGGCUGGCAGCGCUUGGCAUCUUGUUCUUCCUGUGCCACCCAGCCCGAACGCCUGCAACACUCAAAACCCUGGGCACCAGGUGGCGGCCCCUCAGCAUUGACCAGACGCCCGUGGAGGUGGUCAUAGGCGACGGCUGGCUCCUGUCCCGCGCCCCUCCGAAGGCCGAGAGAGAGCUGUCCGAGGACAAGAUGGCCAUCCUUCAGGAGGAGGAGAAGAGGGUGAGCCUGGACAGCGGGGUCAGCAUGGAGGCCAACUCCACCAGUGGCGACGCGGGGAGGCAGGACGGGCCACAGGAGGACAGCGGCUGUGGGAGCCUGGGGAGCUCCGCAGAGAAUGAAAGUGACCACGGAGGAAGCGGGAUGCUGCCCCUACUGGAAAGGAGGAAUAAGUGCACUGGGGUCACACAGAGAGAGGACAGCGGGCUCGGCCUGGGGUUCAACGGCGAGCCUGCUGGGGACUCAGAAGGGAGGGACAGUGGGUCUUUUCCCGACGUGGAGGUCUCAAAUGGGGACGGCUACCGCAGCCAGAGCCCGUCCUCUAUGGUGGUGUUGAGCAGUAGCCAUGAAGAGACGCCGACACAGACUCUACCAGAAACAGGUUUUGACAUGGCGGCUCCUGUGAUUGGGUACAGGCCCAGUCAUGUGAUCACACACAAGCAGACGGUCCACUACAGUGAGGCACCCACGGACACUACCGAGCAGGACUUGCCUGUUUCUAACUAUCUGAGAAAGACUCAAGCGGUCGAAGCCAGAGGCUUACCGGACUUAUCGUCCCUCUCCCGUCAGACCUCGCAGAGUCUCUGCGAGAUGACGCCGUUCCUCGUGUCUCUGCCACAGCUCUUGGAGGACGAGAAAGGAGCAGGUUGUGGGCUGACCAUCCUGCCGCUGUCGCUUGGCGCUAUGGAGCUGACCUUUGGCUAGAUUCUGUGAAGAAAAAAAACUUUCCACGAAGCUGAACUGAGAUGAGCUAGGGGCGGGCAGCCAUUUCAGAUGAUGUCAUUAGGGGCCAUUUUUUAGCCCCUCAGACCUCAGACACCAUAACCUCAGACACCAUCAACUGUCCAAUGGAAAAAACUGAUCCAUGGUGCGAUUAGGCAAGACAGCAAGCUGACGCCAGUCGUACGCUGACAUGUUGUGUCUGGCCUGGUGGGUGACUAUUGGGUGUGAAUCACAGCUCCUCCGGGGCUAGGCGACCACUGACUCGCGAUAGGUUUCAUUUUGACAGAUGGUGGAAUCUUUGUGCGUGUAUCAGGAAGGGUAGCCUACUGUGUGCAAGGCUUUGACUGCUAUUGUUGGUUGACACAACAGACAAACUGAAACAAACAUGGGCUUCAAGAAGACUGCAGCUUUAAGUGGUCCUUAAGUGUGUGCUGCAUGUAUGUGUGUGUGUGUGUGUGUGUGUGUGUGUGUGUGUGUUUGAUGCAUGUGUGUGUGUGUGUGUGUGUGUGUGUGAUACAUGUAUGAUGGAUGUAUGUUUUUCGACAUUUUGACUAUGUGGUCAGCAGGCACUGACACUGAGUUUAUCUACAUUGUUUCCCUAUAUUAUUUAUUUAUGUUUGCACAUGAUGUCAAUGCUUAUUCAUGUAUAUAACAACAUUUGUUAUUUACAUUCCGUUACCAUUUUGGACAAUAAAAUGACUUAUAUGUUCUGACUUACA